AUCUCGUCGUCUUUCGUUGAUUAUCUGGCAAACUCUGGGUCAAAGAGAUGACGGAGCUCGAAGUGUUUUGGUAUUGUGAAUAGGCUUCUUCUUCUGUGAUUUAAAUGUCAUUUAUGUAGGAAAUAUUUGGUUUCGGAAAGAAGUCAUUUCGUAAUUGAUAACUAAAGAAGACUCUCUGUGCUUCCGCUUUUGCCUUCUAAAAUGGAAGAGGAACACAGAAAAAUCCUUCGAAAGCAUCGACAAGUGCUUGUAAGGGACCUAGAACCUCUGAAGCUGUUAAACAGACUUGACGUUCUUGGUGAUGAUGAUCGGGAGCUGGUGAAAGCAAAGAAAACACGAUCAGAACAGGCUGAAGAAUUACUCGACAUGCUUCCCAGAAAGGGAGAUGAUGCUUUUCAGAACUUUAUCACAGCUCUGUACAAUAGUAGCCAGAGAUUCCUCGCGGAGCCUCUCAUAAGGGCUUCAGGAAUGGACGAGUCAAGUUUUUUGAAAGAUGAGGUUGGUAUGACAGAAGAACACAAGAGAGUGCUUCGCACAAGUUCAGAUCAAUUUUCUUCCAUGGAUAUAAAAAAGUUGCUACCUUAUCUAACCAAAGUGCUUGAUGAGUAUGACAAACAAGAACUGCAAAGUGAUCAAAAGUCAAACUGCACCAAAAUGGAUCAACUGCUGACUGAAAUACUUCCAAAAAAGGGUCCUGAAGCAUUUAGAUAUUUUGUGAAAGCACUAGAGAUCUUUGAUUCACCAUUGGCUAAAAAAAUACAGGAAUCUGGAAGAGAAGGAUCUCCUAAUGAUGAAAAAUCAUCCACACAUAUUGGUUCCAUACAAGAAACCUCUGUUUACUCAUUAAAAUCGGAAGUCCAAGAUAUUUUAGAUGAGCAACCCGAGGUGUUUGGAAAAUUCUGUAAAGAAAUGGACAAAGAAAUUUUUGGGAAUGGAUGGAAAAGACUUUUCAAAGAACUUGGCUUGCCAGCUGAGGGAGAAUCUUUUGUGGAAAAAGAACCUGGAAGCCAUACACUCAAUGUUAUCAAGGGCUGGAUUUCUCUUGAUGGAAGUAGGGCUACUGUUCAGACUCUCCUUGAUGCUGUAAAUCGUUCUCAGCGCAAAGAUUGUGUACGCUACCUUCUGAAACCUCUUAACCUUGGCCAGGACAAUGUUGAUAGCCCUGUUAAUGAUAUGACAAAGAAAUUUGAGAGUUUAAGUCCGAGAGAAGUUAAAUGUUUUGGAGACCUAACCCUCGAUGAAGCAACUCGUAUCACAAAUAAGCUGGGACAGCUUGCAAUAAACCGGUUGAGGAGUGAACUUGAAAAAGUGCCUGGGCAAAACAAAACGUCCCUACCAGAAAUGAUGCUAGAAAGCAAAAAUUACUCCAUUCGUAGAUACACAAACCUGAUUACAGAUGGUGAAAGACCAAGUGUGAUAAAGACAUUUAGGCAGGCCUUGCCUGCUCAUAAGGGAGUCAUUGGUCCACUGCUGUCACCCCAUACGUUUGUAAGAGAGAUACGCUACUCCCAUCGAAGAGACCUGACCAGAAACUUGUGUGCGAACGACAAUUGGAAAGCUUUAGCAGAGAAACUUGGUUUGGACAACACCACCAUCCAAUACCUUGACAACAGAAGAAUAGAAAAUCCAGCUGAUGAAGUCUUAAGAAAUUGGGAGGUCAAGGCUCAUAGCACAGUAGGAAAACUGUAUGAUAUUCUUGUUGAACUAGAUUACCCAAUCAUAGCUGAUUAUUUGUAAAGAGCAACUGUUUCUAGGGAACUGUUUUUUAGUAACGGAAAUAAUGCGUUUUUCGAUAAAGUGUAAAUCAUAACAACUU